AAAACCUUAACAUUUUCAAGCAUCACCAAAAACGUAUGAAAAAAAAAAAAAAAAUAAACUUAGAUGAACCGUUAAGACCAAACAAAAGAACCCAUUCUGUACCCAGCCAAGGAGAAACAUCAGGAUGUCAUCAUUUUUGAAUUCUAACGAGAGUGAUGUCUUCUCUACUCCAGUGAAGACGUUUGGUAAGACUUCAACGCCUCCACCAAACAUGUCCUCCACACCGAAGAAUAAUACACCAUUGAGAACAGUGACUCAAUCACCAAUAAGGAGAUACCGAUUACAUAAUUUGAUUGAUGAGCCCAGUCCUAAUGAGAAGAGUGGACACUCGUCAGUCAUAGGAAAUCAACCAUCAGAACAGUCGAAAGGACAUUAUGAAGAUAAAGUCAAGGAUAUGUUGUAUGAUGAACCAAUAAUGCCAUUGAAUAACAUGACCCAUAAACUACAUCAGCAGCGCCGUGUGCCCCCACAGGAAGGGCACAAGAACGGGGACGCAGGCAUGAAGGAACCAAUUUACUAUAAACCACCCAGUGCUAGCAGUAGAAACGGAUUCAAGGCCUUGUUACCACCAGGAGCAGGAUCAGUAGUGAAAAAUAGAAACCCUAUAAUAGUGCAAGAAACGGAGCAUCCCCAACCAAGACUCGAUGAUGAAUUGUCCGAUGAAGAGGACGACCCACUCAAAUAUCCUACUGGAGAAUGGGUGAACCCAGUGGUUAAAACUGCAUUAAGUCGACAAGUCAAUAAGCAACAACAGUUUUACAAGUUGGCCUAUAGUAUUUUUUCGCUACUUUUAGUUAAACUUUUCCAUAAUAUAGCACGUUACGUAGUUAUAUUGGUGGAAAUGAAUCAAGAUCCAAAUGUUCGGUCGAUCAAUCAGUAUUUAAAACAGGGACUCGAUGAUGAAAAAAACGGGUUGAAUUAUUAUGGGAGCAUAAUCAUCAAGGUAAUUGAACUGAUAUUAAUAAUAAAUAUUAUCGUAUAUGGAUAUAAAUUGAUCAAGCCUCAGGAUCAGUGUUACGAUUUGCCAUUAACCAAUAAACAGAGAGAACUAGUGGGACUCAAACCAAUGGAAGAAGAAGUAAAAGAAGAUUUUGAAGACGAAGAUGUUGUCAAAGACGACCUCGAUUCAAAUUUGAUAUUAAAACAAAGAAAAUUCGAUGCUAAAUUAACUAAAAAUGAAAUCAAAGAGAUUCCCAAAUAUAACCGAUCUAACUUAUCAUAUUCAAUGUAUACCAUCCAACCAAAACAAACAGACUCCAGUGACAACUCACAAACAAGAUUAACCGAAGGAGAUUUCGAUUACACCCUUGCCAAAAAAAAAUUGAUCCAAUCCGGAGACCAUCAAGUGCAGUUGGCAAGUCGAGACAUUAAUUCCAAGGAACAAGCCGAAUUGAUCCAGAAGUUCAAAGAAAAAUACAAUCUCGACUUCAACUACGAUACUUCGGUUGAUACUCGCAAUGUGUUGUCAUCCUUGAAGUAAUGUCCAUGUGAAUGGUGAUGGCUUUGUAUAGAAAUAUAAAUUUUGCAAUCUUUUAA